AUGAAAGGUGUUUCAACAAGGAAUUACAAAGCAAAUCACAAAGAGCGGUAUGAGCUAUCCACUACUCUUGCUGGUAUUCUGUGUUUAAAUGAUCGUGUUGUCAUUCCUCCUUCACUGCGUGUUGAGAAAAUGAAGUCCUUAGCAAGGCUCACGUGUUGGUGGCCAGAGAUAAAUGCAGAUAUAUGUCGUACGGCAAACAAUUGUGAAAAAUGUCAUCAGUUGAAAAAUCAUCCUUCGAAGUGGACGCCAUGGACAGUAUCGUCUGAGGCGUGGCAGAGAAUUCAUGCUGACUAUUGUGGUCCGUUUCUUGGCGAAUACUAUGCACUAGUAGUUAUUGAUUCUUCUUCAAAGUGGCCUGAAAUUUUUUUCACAACUUCACCAAGUUCUGA